AUUUAAUGUAUGCACUGUGCACCCAUAAUUCUUUUGAAAUACUAAUUAAUUAUUUAUACUGUAGUGUUAAGCAAAUAUACUAAUUAUUAAUAUUAUGGUGUAAACUGUGUAGUUGACAUUUUUAAAAGAAUAAAUACGUUAUACAUGUAACGUGAUGGCAGAUUUUAGUGAUUGGUUUAAAAGUGUACCUUAUUUCACUAAACGAUGGCUUACACUAACAUUAGUGUUGACAUUGGCUGGUCGAUUUGGCAUAUUAAACCCUACUAAGUUUAUGUUGUUUUAUGAACCAUUUAUUAACAAAUUUGAAAUAUGGAGAGCAGUCACCGCUUUAUUCUUAUACCCACUAUCACCUAUGAAUGGAUUUCAUUUCCUAGUCAAUUGUUAUUUUCUAUAUAGUUAUUCAAUAAGAUUAGAAACAGAUUCAUUUAGUGAAAGACCAGCAGAUUAUUUUUUCUUACUUUUAUUUAAUUGGUUAUGUUGUGUGGUUAUUGGCCUAUUAGUAAAUAUACCGGUUCUUAUGGACCCUAUGGUUUUAAGUGUAUUGUAUGUAUGGUGCCAAUUAAAUAAAGAUGUAACUGUUAAUUUCUGGUUUGGAACUCGUUUCAAAGCUAUGUAUUUACCAUGGGUGUUGUUUGGAUUCAAUUUAAUUAUUUCUGGAGGUGGUCUGCAAGAAUUGGUUGGCAUUAUUGUAGGCCAUACAUAUUUUUUCCUCAUGUUCAAGUACCCACAAGAAAUGGGCGGACCACAACUUAUACAGACACCUCAGAUAUUGUAUAAAUUUUUCCCCAAUCAAAGAACAGUUCAUGGAUUUGGACGACCACCGACUAGAGCAACUCCAGCAGCUGCAGCACCUAUAAAUCAACAACAGCAACAAGGGGAUGGAGGAUUAAACUAUCGUCGUCACAACUGGGGUAGAGGUUAUGUUUUAGGACAACCGCAAUAAAUUAAGUCUGAUUUAAAAAAGGUUUUAUGUUUAAACAUUUAUUGUAUCUAUUACAAAUAUUAAAGUAGAGGAAUAUUGUAUUUUGUA